AGCUGCCAGCUGUCAGGUCACCAGGUUGACCGUUCCUUCUCUCCUGUGUAGGAUGCCGAACUCGAGCGCGGCUAGCGUCACCGCCGUGGUAUCGGCCCUAGCGGUAUGCUCGUUGUCUGCGGACGCGUUCUUCACAGCGGGUCGCCUGCCGUCAUCUGGCGGUAGGGUAAGCUCAUCAGCAAGGCAAUCAACAUGCGAGUCGUCCUCGUGGGGUCGAGCAUCAUCGCUGAGAUUUUCUAGCUCGGCAACGCAGGCAGCGGCACGAAACAGGGGCUUGACAUCCGUGCAAUCAGCAUCGACGACGACAACAACCUCCGAACAAGCAGCCACCCACGGUAGCGUCACCUUCCUGCCAGAGAACGACGAGCUUGCCGCGGAGGAGACCGUGGAGAUCAUCUACACCCCCCCCACCGGGCUGUUCGAGGGUGCGGACUCCCUUCUCUACUGCGGCGGCUUCAACGGCUGGGACGGCGAGGAGGACGGGGUGACGAUGCCCAUGAUGCCGGCGGGGGACGAGGGGAACUUCCGAAUCAGCAUCAACGUGCCCAACUUUGCUAGAGUUCUAGACUUCGUGGUGACGGACGGCGUUAGGUACGACACCGGCCCGGAGGGUCUGUUCUACCACGCCAUGGUGACCCACGUACGGGAGGCGGAUAAGGCGGGGAACAUCAUCACCUACCGCCAGGAGGCCGACGGGACGCUCAUCAAAACCGGGAUGAUCGAGAAGGUCGACCCGCAGGAGCUCGAGCGCAUGAUGGACGAGGCGACCAAGGCUCAAGCCGCGGCCGCUGCCCCGCCCCCGGUGGCGGACCCCAUGGUGGACGAGACCAUGGCGGAGGUAGAGCAGGGGUUGAGGCAAGAGAUCACCGUGACCAUCGACGAGCAGGACGCUGUGCAGAAGAUGCGCGCGGAGGCCUCGGUGCUGGGGGAACGCCUGGGGCUGGGCAACAUGCAGGUGAACGAAGCGCGAGACGCCUUCGACGUUCACGACAACGAGCAGGGGCUGCUGGCUUUCGAAGACGUCGGCAAGGUUUUGGAUAAGCUCGGCUUUCAAGACGAGCUGGACUCCGCCCAGCUUGCGGAGUUGAUCGGGACGCACGUGCUAGAGAAAAGGCCGGACGCCGAUACGAUGACCUUGACUGAGUUCAUGUACCUAUUCAAGGCAUUAGACGACAUGGACAUCGGCAUCGACAUCUGCUAG